UAUUACAGAUUCCAGAGUAAACAGGAGAUCUGACCAGAAAAAUAGAGGAAAGGAGGUUGUGGUGAUUGGAAUCGGAGUAAAAUGAAGACCUUUCCCUACAAGCAUUGCUACUACCAUCCAGCUCAUUAAUAAGGAUUCAGUUCUGCCAUUCCAGAGAGCUGCUUGAGGCUGAGUGGAAGUGAUUCUGAAAGACUGAUCAAAGGAAGAUUGAAGGCCAGAAUGGAGAGUGCUAUGCAGAAAAGGCAAGUUCUCUAUUUUUGUGUAUUUCUGGGAAUGUCUUGGGCUAGCGCGGAACAGCUCCGGUAUUUCGUGGCUGAGGAAAGUGAGAGAGGCACUUUUCUCGCCAAUGUAGCAAAUGACCUAGGGUUGGGGAUGGGGGAACUUUCAGCCCGGGGAUCUAGAAUUGUUUCAGACCAGAACAUAGGAUUUUUACUGCUUAAUCUGCUUACUGGUGAUUUACUUCUAAAUGAGAAAUUGGACCGAGAGGAACUGUGUGGCCCCACAGAGCCCUGUGUGCUGCCUUUCCAGUUGUUACUGGAAAAGCCUUUUCAGAUUUUCCGUGCUGAACUAUGGAUCAGAGACAUCAAUGAUCACUCGCCAGUGUUUCUAGUUACAGAGAUUCCCUUGAAAAUAUUAGAAAGUACCACUCCAGGGACAGCAUUUCUCCUAGAAAGUGCACAGGAUUUGGAUGUUGGAAACAACAGCCUGAGUAACUACACCAUUAGCCCUAAUGCCUAUUUCCAUAUUAAUGUCCAUGUUAGCGAGGAGGGGAAUAUCUAUCCGGAAUUGGUAUUGGAUCAAGUGCUGGAUCGUGAGGACAUACCUGAGCUAAGUUUAACCCUCACGGCCUGGGAUGGCGGCUCUCCGCGCAGAUCCGGGACAGCCCUGGUGCGCAUCCUGGUCCUAGACAUAAAUGACAAUGCCCCUGAAUUUGUGCAGUCUCUGUACAAGGUGCAGAUGCCUGAGAACAGCCCUAUUGGCUCCACGGUUGUCGCUGUGUCCGCUAGAGAUUUAGAUACCGGAAGUAAUGGAGAAAUAGUCUACGCAUUUUUCUAUGCCACUGAAAGAAUUCUCAAAACUUUUCAAAUCAACUCAACAUCUGGCAAUCUUCAUCUUAAAGCUGAAUUGAACUAUGAGGCAAUUCAAACGUAUACCUUAACUGUGCAAGCUAAAGAUGGCGGAGGGCUUUCUGGAAAAUGUACUGUGGUGGUUGAGGUAACAGAUAUAAAUGAUAAUCCACCGGAGCUGCUCAUGUCAUCAUUUACUAGUCCAAUUGCAGAAAACUCACCUGAGACAGUUGUUGCUGUUUUUAGGAUUAGAGACAAAGAUUCAGGAAACAAUGGAAAGAUGGUGUGCUUCAUCCAGGACCAUCUCCCCUUCCUCUUGAAACCAUCUGUAGAGAAUUUCUAUACACUAAUAACAGAGAAACCUUUGGAUCGAGAGAGAAACUCAGAGUACAACAUCACCAUCACUGUUACCGACUUGGGAACACCCAGGCUAAAAACUGAACACAGCAUAACGGUCCUAGUCUCUGACGUCAAUGACAACGCCCCCACUUUCACCCAAACCUCCUACACUCUGUUCAUCCGCGAAAACAACAGCCCCGCCCUGCACAUAGGCACGAUCAGCGCCACAGACAGAGACUCAGGCACCAACGCCCAGGUCACCUACUCCCUGUUGCCACCUCAGGACCCUCACUUGCCUCUCGCCUCCCUGGUCUCCAUCAACGCCGACAACGGACACCUGUUCGCCCUGAGGGCGCUGGACUUUGAGGCCCUGCAGGCGUUCGAGUUCCGCGUGGGCGCCACAGACCGAGGCUCCCCCGCGCUGAGCAGCGAGGCGCUGGUGCGCGUGGUGGUGGUGGACGCCAACGACAACUCGCCCUUCGUGCUGUACCCGCUGCAGAACGGCUCUGCGCCCUGCACCGAGCUGGUGCCCAGGGCGGCCGAGGCCGGCUACUUGGUGACCAAGGUGGUGGCGGUGGACGGCGACUCGGGCCAGAACGCCUGGCUGUCGUACCAGCUGCUCAAGGCCACGGAGCCCGGGCUGUUCAGCGUGUGGGCGCACAAUGGCGAGGUGCGCACCGCCAGGCUGCUGAGCGAGCGCGACGCGGCCAAGCACAGGCUGCUGGUGCUGGUGAAGGACAAUGGCGAGCCUCCGCUGUCUGCCAGCGUCACGCUGCACGUGCUGCUGGUGGACGGCUUCUCCCAGCCCUACCUGCCGCUCCCGGAGGCGGCGGCGGAGCAGGCCCAGGCCGACUCGCUCACCGUCUACCUGGUCAUCGCCUUGGCCUCGGUGUCCUCGCUCUUCCUGUUCUCGGUGCUGCUGUUCGUGGCGGUGAGGCUGUGCAGGAGGAACAGAGCGGCCUCCGUAGGUCGCUGCUCGAUGCCUGAGGGCCGUUUUGCAGGCCACCUAGUGGAUGUCAGAGGCACUGGGACUCUGUCCCAGAGCUACCAGUAUGAGGCGUGUUUGACGGGAGGCUCAGGGACCAGUGAGUUCAAGUUUCUGAAGCCAAUUAUCCCCAAUCUCUUACCCCAGAGCAUAAGGAAAGAAGUGGAAGAAAACCCUUCAUUUCAGAAUAAUGUGUGCUUCUGAAAAAUAAAUCUUGUGUCUGUAUCUAACUAGAAAUAUCCUGAGGAACCCAUAGAAGAGCGUUUUCACAUUAUUUCAAGUAUGCACUCUUCAAGUCAAAGUUUCUUUACAUAGGGAUGUACCUAGACUUACGUCCAGGAAUCCUCUACCGCGCAUGAAAUGUAUAUACAUAGUGUUUUAUAUCAAAUAAUUAUGGUUAUUGUGCAGUCUUGUAAGUGGUGAAUGUUUUACAUUGUUU